AUUAAAAACUAAAAUGUUAUGGAAGAUGACAGUUCUCCAGAAGAUAAGCAACCUGAAGGCGAAAACGCUUCAGAAACCACAUCAAGUUUCAAUUUCAUAUCCAGUCUGCUAAACUUCUUACUCAAACCAUAUACCAAUAGCAAUCACGCUCAUGAAUCAUCCUCAACCCAAGAAUCAGUAAAUGAUGGCGUAAGCACGGGAUCCAUAAACGAAACGGAAGUAAGGUCUCAAAGAUAUACAGAUACUCAUUCAGUAACGUCCUCAUUACCCUCAUAUCACACAUUCAACGAACCACUAUCCGCAGCAUCUCUAUUUAGAGUGAGAAGCGCGUACACACAGCCAGAGGAAGGUUCGACAUCCACCAAAGAGCUGGAACAACCAGAAGAAACACGUGCCGAUAUCACUAUUACCCAAUCAAACGAUCAUGACGUGUUGAUAGAUCAAACUUUCCAGCAAGAAUCGUAUUGUCCAUCAUCCAGUUCCAGGCCACAUCACAACGAAAUCGUACAAGAGAGGCAUUUUUCAUCCACACCAAUAAUACCGGCUCAUUCGAACCACUAUUUUGUGUACAACAUUGCAGACGUUAAAUCCUUGCAACAGUUCACGCCAAGAAUGACGAAAUCUUUAACUAGAAAUCUUCCUACGUACUCCACAGUGCUCAAACUUGGGCCGGCGGCGUCGCCGAAACCACAUCCAAUGAGGGCAUCGGAAAGCUUCAAACCUCGGCAACCACCGCCAAGUUACGCCGAAGCUGAAGGACUUUACGAUGCGCACAGUGCUAUAUCCGUGGAUUCUUUCUUUUUCGGUCCCGAACAACUUUACAUCGUGUGUCCGAACUGUAAUUCAGUGGUUUUGACGGAAACACGACUGGAAAGAUCAACAGCCACACAUUUCACGGCGAUUCUGUUGUGUUUAUGUUACUGUUGGCCGUGCUGUCUUCUGCCCUACUGCAUGAAGUCCUGCUAUAAUGUAGUACACACAUGUCCAUUGUGUCAGUAUUAUUUUGGUACUUAUAGACCAUGGUGAUACGUAAAUACAUUUACAUGAUAAAUAAAAAAACGUUGGUGAUGGUG